GCUGUCUCAAUAGUGUGCUAGUCGGUAAUGCGCUCCGCUAUUUGAAUUUUUGUCACGUCACGUGGUUUAAGUCGCGCAGAUAUCACACAUCAUGGAGAUUCUGAGAAUGAUUUACCUAAUUCAUGCGGUAUAACAACAACUAGAUUUGGAGUUCAAUUCAAAUUCAAAAAAAAAAAUGUUUUGGAACUCAGUUAUUCUAUUGUUUGUCUUGAAUGGGUGUAAUGGAUAUCAACCAAAGUUCACUGAACCCAUUGGCAACAUUACUGUACCGGUUGGCCGAGAAGCUAUGUUUACGUGUUACGUGCAUGGCUUAGGUGGUUAUAGAGUUGGUUGGGUGAAAGCCGAUACAAAAGCUAUUCAAGCUAUACAUGACCAUGUCAUUACGCAUAAUGCUAGAGUGUCUGUUUCUCGUACCGAUGAUUCGACAUGGAAUUUACAUAUAAAAAACGUACAAGAAGAAGACCGUGGUCAAUAUAUGUGUCAAAUUAAUACUGAUCCAAUGAUAAGUCAGAUGGGAUAUUUGGAUGUAGUUAUACCACCUGAUAUUAUUUACGAAGACACUUCGGGAGAUGUAAUGGUACCUGAAGGAGGAACUGUGAAGUUAACAUGUAGAGCCAAAGGCUACCCAAAACCACAUGUUUUGUGGAGAAGAGAAGAUGGACGAGAAAUAGUUAUUAAAGACGCCAGUAGCACUAAAACUAAAGUUACCACGUACCAGGGUGAAAUGUUGCGGCUGACCAAGGUCAGUAGAUCCGAGAUGGGAGCUUACCUGUGUAUUGGGUCAAACGGAGUGCCACCUUCUGUUAGCAAACGAAUCACGGUCAGCGUUCACUUCCAUCCAGUGAUUUCUUCGCCAAGUCAAUUGGUUGGUGCUCCAAAAGGCACUGAUGUCAAGUUAGAAUGUAACGUUGAAGCAUCCCCAAAGUCUAUAAAUUACUGGGUCCGAGAGGGUGGUGGCAUGGUAAUAACAAGUGACAAAUAUCAAACAAACAACACGCCCAAGUCUAUAUUCGAGGAACACAUGGUAUUGACCAUAAAAUCGGUAGAGAAGUACGACUUGGGAUCAUACAUAUGCAUAGCUAAGAAUUCUAUCGGUGAAGUGGAAAAUAGCAUACGAUUAUACGAGAUACGGGGCCUAGACAACCACGGAGACGACGACGAAUUCAGUGACCUAUCGGAUCGUUAUCCGGAAUUAUACACGGAAACUCACAAUUUUUCAGGCGGUAGUGGUGCAAGUGGAAGUAGUGGUGGUAGUAAUGGUAAAAUUAGUGGAAAUGGAGAAGCUGACAACAGGAAUCGGACCAAGCAUAGGCACCACACGGACACAUAUUCACCCACACCCAGCCCAAGCGCAUCCACCCGUUUGAUCCCACCAUUUUACCAGACUAUUGAGUAUCUCUGACACGUGGUUCCCGUCUGGUAAGCUCGCGAUGAGCGUCUGCCAGACGAACGUGGCGCACGUGGUUCUUCCUAACCGGCGUUCGUCGACACUGAUAUGACUAAGCCGCGAGUACACUCUACUACCGCGUUGUUACCGUUUAGGACUAACGAAAUCGCGAUAAUAACAAAAUAUAUUAUAACAUUAUUAUAAUAAACAAUAAAAACCUGAGAAAAAAAAUGAUUAUUUUAGGCCCAUAUUUCGCCUUUGAGUCCCAUAAUGUGUGAAUACCUGUUAAACCUUUAUCCUGACUACCUAAGUCUAUAACUACCCAUAUAUAAUCGUUGACUUCCCAUCUACUAAAUUUAGUGCAUUACCUGCAGAAAUUAUGUGACACUGUGCAUGGUUAGAUUAUUUGAAAAUCUAUGCACUCAAUGUCUAAUUGGUUAUCCUGAAAAACCAUAAUAAAAAUUAGAAUAAUAUGCAUGUGAAGUGUGUUAAAGAAAAACCCAGAUUAAAAUUUGUAUACAUUUGGUACUUUUACAACGCAAUUAGUAAUUUAUUUAUAUUAACAUAAACAAGAUAAAAUUUUCUGUAUGAUGAAAUUAAAUUAAAAUUUUUAUCUCAAAACAUUCAUAAGAAGUAUUGUUAAAAUCGUAGUUAUUUGAUGAAACAUAAAUUAAUACUCGCAUAAUAACUAUACGAUUCGUAUGUAUAACUUUCAUUUGAAAAUCGAUAAAAAAAAUGUCAUGGGAAAUGUUUAACUAAUAAAGUUAGCUUUAAAAGAUAGUUCUUUAAGUCGAUCUUUAACUUUUUACUUACUUGAGUUUCUUGUGCCCCAAAUUUUAUAAAAUCUCACUAUAUUUGCUUGACUUGGAUUAUCGUGACUUUUUAUUAUUCCCAUGAUGAAACUAUAUUCAAAUUCUGGGGAUUUGAAAAAGUUGAUGUUGUCAUUCGUAAUGUGUUAAUAUGAAUUAAACUUAUAAAUUUGUUGAAAAACUACUUUUGCAAAGAAAUCGAUAACCGUUAGAAGCAAUGAAUUGAAGCUAAAAGGCAAUAUUUUGAAGACACCCAUUCAAUCGAUUGUAAUUUUCAACCACAAUGUAUAUUAAUACAUUUGUCUUGAGUAUUUUUUUAGCACAUUUUGUAUGUAGUAUAAUUUCGGAAGAUUAUCGAUCGGGUAGAUUUAGAACGUUUUAAUGUUUUAAUUUUUAUGCGUUUUUCCGAAACACUUUAAAUAUUGCUAAUUCUACAACGUCUAACGUAGCGCCGUCUUUCGGUGUUUUUAUUUUAAUAUUACAACAAUAAUGUAAUUUAGGCGCCUAUGUCUCGAGAGCCUUAAUUUAAUUAUCCCGGUCUCUAGACUUCAUGUUCCUCUUUCGCAGGUAUGCAUAACAUAAUAUUAUAUAAUAAGUUUAACAAUUUGUUGUGAUUACUCAUUA